AUCAGGCUCUGUAAAAAGUAGAAAUGCCAGCAGUCAUUGAGCCUUUGAGCUCUGUGGCCUUCUGUCUGUCCCUCCUCAUGUCCUCACUUCUCUUUCUUUAUCUCCACAGUCUGUCUGAAUGUCAUCUCACCUCCAGAUGUUGCUCAUCUCUCUCCUCAGUCCUCUCUUCUCCACACUCACAGCUGACUGAACUGGACCUGAGAGACAACAACCUGGGAGAUUCAGGAGCUCAUCAGCUGUGUGAGGGUCUGCGGACCUCAAACUGUAAAUUAGUGACACUGAGGCUGUCUGGUAUUAAGAUCAGUGAGAGUGAGGAGCAGAACCUGAGGUCACUUCAGGAGGAGCUGAAGAGGACUGGACGGCAGGUGGAUAUCAAGAUAUGAGAAGACUGAACAUGCUGAUCAACUGACCCCAGUGAUGGUGCCCCCGUCCACUCCCUCUGAAUUCUACUCUUUAUUCUUUAAUAAUCUCCUCAUCUCUCCUCUACAUUUAAUAAACUCUCCAUGUCUUCUUCUCA